AUGUCUCCAGCUGAGGUCAUUUCCUCAGACGUAAACGGUGAAACAUCUCCAAACAUGCCUCAAACAACCAAGUUUGACAAGAAAGACCAAGAAACACCAUCUACGCCCGUCACUGAGGCUCCACCUUUGGAAGGCGUUGGCGAAAAAUCACAUCUGCCUACGGGCUCGGUUUCCUCGGUGGAACUGUCUGAGUCUACUAAGAAGUUGAUUAACAGUCUUUCUAUGCAAGGGCUCAGUGGAGCGCUACCGGCCGAGGAUGAUAAAGAAGCUGCUCCACAGACGAGUGGGUUGACUGUUCAGCCUAUAGAUCUGGGCGCUUCGACUCCAGCUACAGACGUUUCUGCUGUGCAAUCGCCUCUUUCGGACACUUUCCCAACCACACAGAGAUUACCCAAACAAGACAAGAAGCCCGUGAAGUUUACCGUCAGAAAAGUUUCUAGAGACACUAUCAACACUAGUGGUAACUCGUCCAACGGACAACGCCAGUAUUCUUACGGAAACUUGCCCCAGAACCAGGAACCUAAAGAGCGUAAGCCAUUGACCAAGAACGAACAGCUUCAACGCAGCCAGUCCAAGUACGAUCUGUAUGCUGUUCGUGUAGAAAAAAUUAACAAGGAGAUUGACUUUUUGACAAACCUCCUUCCCCCUUAUAACGUUGAAAUCGACUAUGCCACGCGAAACAAGAUCGCUCGUGCCAUUGAAAAGUUGAAGAUGAAGCAAGAUGAAAUCCAGAAAAAGAAGUACAGUCUCGGUAUCACUCUCAGCCGAUUAUGGCGUGAGCACGAUGAAAGAGAGCUUUGGGUGCGCUCGGUGAGCAACCAGUAG